CACAUGGACAUUUGGUUCCUCACACACAUACUGUUAGCCACUCCAAUAGCCUUGACGAAUACCGUCUGUUCGCUUAGGUAUACUUGACCCUUGGCCCCACAACAGGAUUCUAGGGUUCUUUGGUACCAGUUACCAAAGUGCAGCCGAGCCCGCCGCAGCAGCCCGGCCAGCUGGAGCUGGUCAGCCGCGAUGCACGACUACCAGAUACAGAUAAUGCUGCUCGAACAACAACACAAGAAGCGCAUACUGAUGGCCCGCCGGAUGCAGGACAAUAUCUCCCAGCCCCACUACCCAAAACUGCCCGUCGCAUGUAAUGUGCAAGGACCGAAGCAUCUAAACCAUUUCCCUACACAAUUAGAAUCCCAGAACACACAACAAUCUGCCGCUUCCUCAACAUUCAGACCUAUUUCCGGACCCAUCGUUAUGCAUCAUGCACUUUACGUACGCGAGAUAGUGGCGGCUAUACUUGAGGAAGUGGAACCCAGCAUGCUCUACAACUGUUUGUUGGUCAACAAGAUGUUUUAUGAAGAAGCUUUGAGGGUCUUGUGGAAGGUCUCCAGGGGAGAGCUUGCUUCUAUGCAGAUAUACCCGGAAUGUGGCGGCCCGUCCAAAUGGGCCCGUCGCGGGCUCACGCAAUUCCACGCCAACUUCAUCCAUGAUCUCACACUGGAGGGUGAGCCUGACACUUGGAGCGAAGAAGCUGAGCAACUGCCGAUGCAUCGACUACAGUUCCCUUCACUGAAGAAGCUGGUGUUCAGGCAAUUGGGAGCCAAGUGGCUAUAUACGGAGAGGGACAUUCUUAAUUUUGUCCACACCGGCCUCAAAGCACUCAUUAUAAUCAGCGACAGCUUUCUAACCGACCACUUUCUUGAGGAGGUCAGCCGCUUGUGUCCAGGCCUCCGGCGCCUUCAUAUUUCGUCCUACAAGGCAAAAAUCUCCUGGCAGGCGCUGGCUCAUUUCCUGCCACGUAUGCCUUAUCUGGAGUUCAUCUACGUAGUUAGGCCGGGUAUUCAAUGGUCAUUAAAGCCACUCGCUGCGGGAGCUAGGUGCGAGCAGCUAAAACAUGCCUAUGUUUAUAACCACGAUCUACCAAAGCUACAAAACGUCCUACGAAUUGCUGCACAGUUCUCUCGAUUGACUGGAUUCCAUUAUGAACCCAGGGAGGACGCGCUCAUCCUGGGAGCGGAUCUACGAGAGUUGGCAGAUCGCUGUCCCCAGCUCAUGGAACUGAGUAUCGACGAACCUAGUGAACCAAUGCAAGCUUUUGGCAUCAAUGACGAACUUCUACACCACCUUACAAAGUCCUUGCCACAUCUGCAGGAGGUUACUCUCAACUGCUUAGGAGAGGCUCUCAGCCUUACCUCAGUCAUGUCUGCGUUUGGUCAGCAGCAUUGUCCUUCGCUCCGCGAACUACAGAUUUCCUGUAGUGGAGACUGGAAUUGGCUUUCCAGUACAGGGUUUACGUGGCUGUAUCUCCUCAGAUCAGAGAAGCUACAUCUUCAGCCUUACGUGGACCUAGAAUCCCGCCUCUCGGAAGAAGAGUUCCAACAGCUGUCUGGCUACUGGGAAGAGCGUGCAAGACGAUGGUUUCCACAGAUUAAACACUUCGUCAUCAGUGAUGAGGAACCAUAGAAUGAGCUAGACAUGGACGCUAAUGAGUGGAAUGGUAACUAGUAGAACACGUAUGUCAUCUAGCAAUGCGCAGUGAGAGAGCUUGCAUAGAAAGUGAUAGCGAGGAGAUUUUGGGAGAAGAUUUGCCAGUAGCUUGAUAGAAGAUAUGCCUACUAUAGACUUCGUUGCCAACGUGCUUUCAGGACAACUAUCAUCUGUACGUCCGGCGCAUCAGUAGGGCCCCUCGUUUGUACGGGAACAUGCCAUUAUUCCGCUGCUUCAACAAUCCGACACCGUUGUCACGAGCGAAAUCGUCAUGUUCGGCCGCCAAAUAUUUUUGGGGUGUGAGGAGUGGCCUACUUGACAUCUGAAACAGCAGAGCAGAAGAGGAGA